AAUCAGACUUUGAAUGUCCACGUGCUUUAGCGAGCUAAGGAAUCCACUGCAGCAGCAGGUUUUCAACUCCCACCAGACUAACGAAAACGAAUGGGAAGGGAACCGUCAGUUUUUGCGUCACGUGGUCUGACCUUAAUUGAGGCGAGACGCGGAGCGGUAUUAACAUACCUGUGCAUGAUAUAGUCCCUGUAAUCCUUCCAUUGGCUUUUGAUUUGGUUUAAAUAACCGGAUUCGAAGGGCCUGGAAAGUGGGUGUUUUAAUUUCCGGAGUCUAGAGAGGGUCUUGAUGGCAACGUUGGUCUUUUGAAUGAACCUGCUUAAAAUUCUAGACACAGUUGGCGGAAGGUUACCGAAAUGAAGCUUCGAACCAUUUGAUGCCGGAUCUCAUUGAGUAUAAAAGAGGAAAACGCGGGCGCCGCGUUCUCAUUGUUAGACUGUAAGAAGACGGUAGGGUUUUAUAGUGAGUCGUCCUGUUAAAGGCGCGGCUCUGCCUAGCUAGGAGCAGUUUCAGCUUCCGCAGCCGCCACCAUGGUUGUGUAGGGGUGGUAGUGCAAGCGGCAGCGGCGGCAAUUGCAGAGGCGCAGCAUCAGCGGCCGCGGCCUCGGCACCUCCCGGCGACUGCAACCAUGGCGUUAUUCAAGGCAACGCACAGCAGUUUUGCUGUAAUCGAGAAAAAGACCAUCUACGUGUCUACCCUUUUUGACCACAGAGUACUAAAACUUGGCAAAAAUGAGCCUCUCAAACACAGAGAUGAUGGGGGACUUUCUGUCCCCCUUCAACCAGCCGUGUUUGGUGGCUGAGGAAGGUCUGGGACUCCUAGAUGACUACCUGGAGGUGGCCAAGAACCUCGGUUCGCAUGGGUUCUCCAGCGACAAGGCUAAAGUGGGCUCCUCCAAUUGGCUGGCUGUGGAUAGUUUGAACGAUGCCACAGACAACAGCCAGGAGGAUGCCUUCUCUGGCAUGGAUUGGAUGGUGGAGAAGAUGGAUCUGAAGGAGUUUGAUUUUGAUGCACUGUUAGGUAUUGAUGACCUUGAAGCCACCGUCGCCCCAGAUGAGCUUAUGGCUACGUUGGAAGACACGUGUGAACCAUUUGACCCUUCCAUCCAAGAAAUUCUCAAGAAAGAAACUCCACUGACAGCAGAACCAGUUAUACAAUCCCCCAUGUCCCCUCCUGUGGCAGACCAAGUAGCCCCACUAACCCGUUUGUUGCCAUUUCCACUUUCUCCAGAGUCAUUGAUUUCCACUGCAGACCAUUCUCUUAGCUUAGAACUAGGCAGUGAAGUGGAUGUUCUUGAAGGUGACAAGAAAACAGAAGCCCAUAUCAUCUUGGUGGUAAUUCCCAAGUGUGAAAAGGAGGAAGAAACCCAUUCAGACAAUGAUAGUGGAAUAGGCAUGAGCCCAUCUUACUUAGGGACACCCCAGCGAAGUCCUACAACUUCAGUUAGUUCCCUUAGUGAUGGCCAGUCAGUUACAGUCCUUCAUGACAGUUCUGUGCGUCCAAAGCCUUAUGAUUUCCCUGCAGAGAAGAUAGUGUCAGCAAAAGUGAAGGGAGAAAAAAGAGUGGACAAAAAACUGAAGAAGAUGGAGCAAAAUAAAACAGCAGCUACACGCUAUAGGCAGAAAAAAAGGGCAGAACAGGAAGCAUUAUCAAAAGAAUGCAAAGAAGAAGAACAGAAGAAUGAGGCCCUGAGGGAGAAAGCAGAUUCCCUGAGCAAAGAAAUCCAGUAUUUGAAAGAUCUGAUUGAAGAGGUCCGUAAGGCCAAGAGUAAAAAAGUUAAAGUCCCAGAAUAAGGGUAGUCAAAGAAUAGAUGUUACAUGCAUGUAUAUAAGCUUAGUACAAACAGCUGUGUAUUACUGCCUAAUAAAUUAUUUUCUAAUA